UUCAAUAUAAAAUUCCUACCAAAGUAUCUUACCCUUUUUUUCUCUCUUUUCAUUCUCUCGGGAUUCCGAAGUUCUAGUGAUUUCCGGGACACUUUUCUCGUUUCAUUGUUAUCACUUUAUUUAUUGUGAGCUAAGAUAUACGAAGUGCUAUUCAGCUAACAUGACCGCCGCCGCGGGUGACCGCCGGAGCGUAAGGGAAAUCUUUUUCGACGCCGGUGCCGGGGCUGCCGCUGGUGCUAUAGCUGCGACAUUUGUUUGUCCACUGGAUGUUAUUAAGACGAGACUGCAAGUCCAUGGUCUGCCCGAGGUUGCUCAGCCUGGACGUAGAGGAAGUAUCAUCGUUACCAGCAUGCAACACAUACUACAAACUGAAGGCUUUAGGGGACUUUAUCGUGGCCUUUCACCAACAUUGGUGGCCCUGCUUCCAAAUUGGGCAGUGUACUUCACAGUUUAUGGGCACCUUAAAGAAUUGCUGCAAUCGCACGCAGACAGUAGCCCUCAGCUCUCUAUUGGUGCAAAUAUGAUAGCUGCUUCAGGGGCUGGAGCUGCAACAUCUAUUGCAACAAAUCCAUUGUGGGUUGUUAAAACACGGCUACAAACACAGGGGAUGAGAGAGGGGGUUGUUCCUUAUAAAAGUGUAGCAUCUGCUUUAAAAAGAAUCUUGCAUGAAGAGGGAGUCAGAGGAUUGUACAGUGGCAUCUUGCCUUCUUUGGCUGGGAUAAGUCAUGUUGCUAUCCAAUUUCCUGCAUAUGAGCAGAUCAAACUUUAUUUUGCGAAAAGGGAUGACAAGUGUACCAGUGAUCUAGGACCUGGAGAAGUUGCAGUUGCCUCUUCGUUGGCCAAAAUAGUUGCCUCUGUAAUGACUUAUCCGCAUGAGGUUGUGCGUUCUAGGCUCCAAGAGCAAGGACAAGCGAGAAACUCAGCAAGGCAGUACGGUGGAGUUGUCGAUUGCAUCCAGUGGAUCUUGAGAAAAGAAGGGCUCACUGGAUUCUACCGCGGCUGUGCAACAAAUCUUUUGAGGACGACGCCAUCUGCGGUUAUUACAUUUACCAGUUAUGAAACAAUACAUAGGUUUUUAGUGCAGUGUGGAUCUGUAGGGGAGGAGGAUCAUUCAAAAGGUGCUAAGCCUAAACCAAGUGGCCGAAUUGAGCCUCGUAAAGUAGCUGAAACAACAGGGGAGAAUAAUGCCAAUAGUACUCAGCAUUUGGAAAGUACAUCAAGUAAAAGAACUUUUCUUCCUAUUGGGAAAUUCAGAUAAGCUAACAUGUAUACAUUGAUUAAUGUCUGUUUGAUUUUCAGAUCUGAGUUGCAUUUUAUUUUAGGCUUGUAGCAAAUAUUAUUGUAUAUGUUCGGUGUAUUGUGUUCUCUUUCUGUUAACGAAGGGCUAAUCCUGCCCCUUAUAACUUUUUCAGAAAUAGAAUAAUCCCAAUGUUUGAGGCUCAUUGUCCUGAUCUGAAUCCCCUUUUUAACGUGUAUAUGUUCGGUCUGUUGUGUUCUCAGUUCCAACAUGUAAUAAAUUUGGCAGUGAUCUUUUUUAUGGGCAUUUGCAGUCAUUACUCAAUUUAUCACCCUCCCCUUUUGUAUGA